GUGUUACUCCACACUAGACAUGGAGGAUCCCCCUGAGAUUGUUAAGGAAUGUAGACGUUUGUUCCAGUCUGAUGCCAUGUUUCUUGUACUAUCAAAUCUCACUGGACUCAAACUUCACGAGCUGGCGCCCGAAUCUGAUACAGAUGACAGCGAUGAGGAGACAACACCAAAAGGAACGAAAGGUGAGCCCUGUUUUUGUAACCAGGUACGGAGAUGGAAACAUGGUUCGUACACCCUGGUACACGACAAUGAGAUUGAGGGUGACAGGGAGUUUGCCUUGGAUGUUCUCCUAUACAUAGGCUGUGAAG